UCUUCUCUUUUCCUCGCCCGGCUUUAUUGCAUCAGGAAAACCCGCCUCUAUAAAUAAGCUGCAGCUCUCUCUCCUACGCAUCCUCCAUCCUUGCAAGAUCGAAGAAGACACAGCACCACCGUCAAUGGUGAAGAGCAAGAUCAGAGGGGCUCUCGAUCACUGUGACCCGAGGAGCAGUGCUGCUGCAGUCAAAGGUAAGAAGCAGUACAAGGGUGUGAGGAUGAGGAGCUGGGGCUCAUGGGUCUCCGAGAUCAGAGCACCAAACCAGAAGACCAGGAUUUGGCUGGGCUCCUACUCCACGCCGGAGGCCGCGGCGCGAGCCUACGACGCGGCCUUGCUCUGCCUGAGAGGCACCGCCGCCAGCCUCAACUUCCCGGCCUCUCUGCUCCUGCAGCUCCCGGAUCGCGUCAUGUCGCCCAAGUCCAUCCAAAGAGUGGCUGCCGCAGCUGCCACGAACGCUGCGUCGCCGUCGGUGUCAUCAGAUACUGCAGAGGAUGAAACACUGAUCUCGAGUUCAAUGGGCGAUGGACCAGCCAUGGAGGAUUCUCCCAUCGAUGACUCGAUCAACUUCGAGACCUUCUUCCAGUCACCCAAGUGUAGGGAUUACAUGCUUAACCCAUCUCUCUUCUUUGCUCCUCCAGCCGAAGAGUGGGGUGAGGAAGCUGACAUCCAUCUGUGGAGCUUCUGCUGAUCUCUACCUGCACUACUCUUCUCAUCACUUUCACUAAGGUGGAAGUCAAGUAGAUUGCUCACUGUAAAAAUGACCAAAUUGGUUCAAAAAAUAAGAGGAAAUCUGAUGGAGCAACAUCUUUUAAGGCUGCUCCAUUGGGUUUCCCAGCUAUAUAUUGAUGUAAUGCAGUAAGUUCCAAUUAGCAUAAAUAAAUAAUAAUAAUUUUCUGAA